UUCAGCUGGCUGCAGGAGGGAACGAUAGCUGAGCAGGAGCGAGGGGGAGAAGACCCGAAACUCAUGAAAACAUGCCCCAUUUCACUGUCGUACCAGUGGAGGAUAACUCUCAAUCAAACUAUGACAGCCUGGAAGGAAUUAACUGGGUGGACUACAGAGAUACAGGCCAGGGAUAUACAGACACAGUGAGCUCUGAUGGUCAGGGAAGUCAUAAAGAAGACAGCCCCUUUCUUAACAGCACAGACGCAUCUAAGAAAAAUGACUUCUAUGACAGAAACUUGGCUUUAUUUGAGGAAGAGCUGGACAUUCGACCCAAGGUGUCCUCUCUUCUCAGCCGGCUGGUCAACUACACCAACGUCACACAGGGGGCCAAAGAGCACGAGGAGGCGGAGAGUGCAUUGGCCUCCAGAAAGAAGCUACCAAAGUCUCCCAGUAUGGGCACCCUGAUGGGUGUCUACCUGCCCUGUCUGCAGAACAUCUUUGGCGUCAUCCUGUUCCUACGUCUCACCUGGAUUGUGGGCAUGGCUGGCAUCGUUCAGUCCCUCCUGAUUGUCCUGAUGUGCUGCUCGUGUACGAUGCUCACAGCCAUAUCCAUGAGUGCCAUUGCAACGAAUGGUGUUGUCCCUGCUGGUGGAGCAUAUUUCAUGAUCUCGCGUUCCCUGGGCCCAGAGUUUGGGGGAGCGGUGGGGCUCUGCUUUUACCUGGGUACGACCUUUGCUGGAGCCAUGUACAUUCUUGGUGCCAUUGAAAUAUUACUGAAAUAUAUCGUACCACAGGCGGCCAUAUUCCACUCCACAGAUCCCAAUGGGAGUGACGGAGCCAUGCUGAAUAACAUGAGGGUCUACGGGACCAUCUUCCUCAGUCUGAUGGCAUUGGUGGUCUUCGUUGGGGUCAAAUAUGUCAACAAGUUUGCCUCCCUCUUCCUGGCCUGUGUCAUUAUAUCCAUUGUGUCCAUAUAUGCGGGAGCUGUGAAGUCCAUCUUCCAUCCCCCUGAAUUCCCGAUUUGCAUGUUGGGAAACAGGACCUUAGUCAGAGACCGGUUUGACGUCUGUGAAAAAACAGUGGUGGAAGGAAACACAACCGUCCCUAGCAAGUUGUGGGAGAACUUCUGCAAUGCCAGAAACAUGAGCGGCCAGGAGUGUGACAAGUUCUUCAUGCAGAACAAUGUCACAGAGAUCCAGGGCAUACCUGGGCUGGCCAGCGGAAUAAUCAGAGAGAACAUGUGGAGUGCCUAUCUGGAGAAAGGCCAGAUCUUGGAGAAGGAGACCUUGCCAUCUGCAGAUGUUCAUGGUGCCCAGGAGAAUUUGUACCUUUAUGUGUCCGCUGAUAUCGCCACCUCUUUCAUGGUUCUCGUCGGGAUCUUUUUCCCCUCUGCCUCAGGUAUCAUGGCUGGCUCUAACAGAUCAGGAGACCUCAAAGAUGCACAGAAGUCCAUCCCCGUGGGAACCAUUUUGGCUAUAACCACCACAUCCUUAGUCUAUUUCAGCUCAGUGGUGCUGUUUGGGGCAUGCAUUGAAGGGGUGGUGCUGAGAGACAAGUUUGGUGAUGCCGUGAGUAAGAACCUGGUGGUGGGCACGCUGUCCUGGCCCUCCCCCUGGGUCAUUGUGAUUGGUUCUUUCUUCUCCACCGUGGGGGCGGGGCUUCAGUCCCUGACGGGGGCACCGCGCCUCCUGCAGGCUAUCGCCAAGGACAACAUCAUUCCUUUCCUCAGGGUGUUUGGGCAUGGCAAGGCCAACGGAGAGCCGACCUGGGCCCUGCUGCUGACGGCCCUGAUCGCAGAGCUGGGCAUCCUGAUCGCAUCUCUGGACAUGGUGGCCCCCAUCCUCUCCAUGUUUUUUCUGAUGUGCUAUCUGUUUGUAAACCUGGCAUGUGCAGUGCAGACUCUUCUCCGCACCCCCAACUGGAGGCCACGGUUUAAAUACUAUCACUGGGCCCUAUCCUUCCUGGGUAUGAGUAUGUGCCUGGCGUUGAUGUUCAUCUCCUCCUGGUACUAUGCUAUUGUGGCCAUGGGCAUUGCAGGCAUGAUCUACAAGUACAUCGAGUACCAGGGAGCGGAGAAGGAGUGGGGAGACGGGAUCCGAGGUCUGUCUCUGAGUGCGGCCCGCUAUGCGCUCCUUCGGCUGGAGGCCGGACCACCCCACACCAAAAACUGGAGACCACAACUGCUGGUGCUGCUGAAGCUGGAUGAGGACCUCCACGUGAAAUACCCCCGGCUGCUCACCUUUGCCUCCCAGCUGAAAGCCGGCAAGGGUUUGACCAUCGUGGGCUCCGUCAUCCAGGGCAACUACCUGGAAAGCUUCGGAGAGACCCAGGCAUCAGAGCAGACCAUAAAGAACAUGAUGGAAAUAGAAAAGGUGAAAGGCUUCUGCCAGGUGGUGGUCGCCACCAAGCUGCGGGAGGGAAUUGCCCACCUCAUCCAGUCCUGUGGCCUAGGAGGCAUGAAGCACAACACAGUGGUGAUGGGCUGGCCGUACGGCUGGAGACAGAGUGAGGAUCCCCGGGCCUGGAAGACCUUCAUCAACACGGUCCGCUGCACCACCGCCGCCCAUCUCGCCCUGAUGGUGCCCAAGAACGUGUCCUUCUACCCCAGCAACCAUGAGCGCUUCACCGACGGAAACAUCGACGUGUGGUGGAUCGUCCACGAUGGCGGGAUGCUCAUGCUGCUACCCUUCCUCCUCAAACAACACAAGGUCUGGAGGAAGUGCAAGAUGCGCAUCUUCACCGUGGCCCAAAUGGACGACAACAGCAUUCAGAUGAAGAAGGACUUGGCCACGUUUCUGUAUCAGCUUCGAAUAGAGGCUGAGGUAGAGGUGGUGGAGAUGCAUGACAGCGACAUCUCGGCGUACACGUACGAGCGCACCCUGAUGAUGGAGCAGAGAUCCCAGAUGCUGCGCCAGAUGAGACUGUCGAGUGCUGAGAGAGACAGGGAGGCCCAGCUGGUGAAGGACAGGCACUCUCUCAUCCGAAUGGGAAGCUUGUAUUCUGACGAAGAGGAGGAAGUGACAGAGUCAGUGCCCGAAAACAACCAAAUGACCUGGACCAAGGACAAGUACGACGCAGAGAAGAGGAACAGAGCCAACGCCCCAGAAAACUUCAGAGAACUCAUCAGCAUCAAGCCAGACCAGUCCAACGUACGGCGGAUGCACACAGCGGUCAAGCUGAACGAGGUGAUCGUCAACAGGUCCCACGAUGCUCGGCUCGUGCUGCUCAACAUGCCCGGACCCCCCAGGAACUCAGAGGGAGACGAGAACUACAUGGAGUUCCUGGAGGUUCUCACAGAGGGCCUGGAGAGAGUACUGCUGGUUAGAGGAGGAGGGCGGGAGGUCAUCACCAUCUACUCCUGAUGAGACGUCAGCCAAAUGCGCAUCACCCAAACAGGACCGCUAUGUCAGCCGAACGUGCAUCACCCAAACAGGACCGCUACGUCAGCCCAAACAGGACCGCUACGUCAGCCAAACACGCAUCACCCAAACAGGACCGCUACGUCAGCCAAAACAUGCAUCGCCCAAACAGGACCGCUACAUCAGCCCAACACGCAUCGCCAAAACAGGACCUCUACGUCAGCCGAACGUGCAUCACCCAAACAGGACCGCUACGUCAGCCCAAACAGGACCGCUACGUCAGCCCAAACAGGACCGCUACGUCAGCCAAACAUGCAUCACCCAAACAGGACGCUAUGUACUCCGCCUGGCACACCACAACUCCGCCUGGCCCCAUCAAGGAAAUACACACCGGCUGCGUAUGGGAUUGCCUAAUGCACAACCUUUACGUUUUUUUAAGCAAUGCCAUAGAAAACAAUGUUUUCAUAAAAUAUUUCGGAAAAACACAGCCCCCAGGAUACAUGCCUUUGACACAAAAGUACCACCAAUUGCUCCCAACAAAGAGAACUGAGGCAAUGAUUGGAAAAGAACCAAACCUCUUCAUUCAAUAGCUGCCUUUUAAAUAUCUAUUUGUAUAUGUAUAUAUAGCACAUAAAUAUGCAGUUUUAUAUGAAAAGUGGUUUUAUUUGGUUGCAGCUAAUAAGGACGAAGUAAUACAGAAUUUUACUUAACUAUUUAUCAGCAUCAAACAUUGUAAGGCAAUUGAAGCACUGUAAAGUUCCUUAUUACCAACCAAAAUGUAGUGCAAAAAGAACUUUUGGAUGUUCGUGGUUUUAGAGAGAUAAAAAUGUCCUAUUUAUUUUCUUAUUUAUUUGUUUUAACCUUCCCUGAUAAAAUACUGUACAAGGUAUGCUACAACAUAGUUCCUUUGUUGAAGAUGUUAUCGCAAAUGGAUGUGAAUGUUGGCAAAAAUAUGCAGGCAGCUUAUCUGAGAAAAUAUUCAAGGGCCACGGCAUCUUUGACAAAUUGUACAACAUCAUUUGUUUCACUUCUGAUUAAGAAUAGUUUUUGAUCCUGUAAAUGUGUUAUUUUUCCACUGUUCACUUUAUAUAGAUAUAUAUUUGGUAUUUUACUUACUUUGAAUAGUGUGUGUGUGUGUGUGUGUGUGUGUGUGUGUGCAAUUAAACUGUUCAAAAUUUUAAACGCACAGGCUACAAUUUCCAGCAAAGUAAAUAAAGAAAAUACAUGAAUUAAAAAUGAAUUCAAAAGAAAA